GCAUUUCCGGGUUGUCGGGAGUCGAAAACAAGAGGGGCACCAACGCGCCCGGGACACCGAGCAAAGCGGAUUAAAGUCCAGCAGAGAUGGCGGGGGAGGCCGAGGACGAGAUACCAGAGUCGGGAGCAGUUUUUACUUUUGGGAAGAGUAAAUUCGCCGACAACGUCCCCAGUAAAUUCUGGCUUAAAAACGACGUCCCACUCAAAAUCGCCUGUGGGGACGAACACACCGCCUUAAUAACGGAAAAUGGGAAACUCUUCAUGUUCGGCAGCAACAACUGGGGCCAACUCGGUCUGGGAUCCAAACUGACUGUGAACAAGCCGACGUGUGUCAAAGCUCUGAAGUCUGAGAAAGUCCAGCAUGUGGCCUGUGGAAGAAACCACACCCUCAUCUGCACCGCUCAGGGAAAAGUCUACACCUCAGGCGGGAACAGCGAGGGUCAGCUGGGGCUCGGCGACUGCGAGGAGAGGACGGCGUUUCAGCGGGUCCACUUCCUCGAUUCGCACGGACCAAUGAAAAUGCUCGCUGCGGGUUCAAACACCUCGGCUGCUCUCACAGAAAGUGGUAAACUCUUCAUGUGGGGGGACAACGCUGAGGGUCAGAUCGGUUUGGGGAAGGAGAGUCACGCCACCACGCCGCAGGAAGUCAGCGUGGGAGAACCAAUCAGCUGGGUGUCCUGCGGAUACUACCACUCUGCCUUAGUGACGGUUGAUGGAGACCUCUACACGUUUGGAGAGCGGGACAGCGGCAAACUGGGCCUGGGCACCGGCCAGCUGCCCAGACACCGAGUCCCCCAGGUGGUGAAGAGCAUCAAGGAGCCGGUGACACAGGUGGCCUGUGGGGGUGGACACACUGUGGCGCUAACAGAGGAAGACGUGUACACGUUCGGCCUCGGCCAGUUUGGACAGCUCGGUCACGGGACGUUUACAUUCGAGUGCCGGAUGCCGCGUAUGGUCGAACACUUCAGGAAGGGACGGGUCCAUCAGGUGGCCUGCGGGGAGAAUCACACUGCACUGGUCACUGAUGGGGGUUUGCUCUACACAUUUGGAGAUGGCAGACACGGCAAACUGGGCCUCGGAGACGAGAACUUUACCAACCAGUUCAAACCAACUCUGUGUCCACGCUUCCUCAAGUACAACGUCCAGGCAGCCGUGUGCGGCGGCUGUCACAUGGUGGUGUUGGCUCAGCCGAGGGAUCAGACCUGCAGCGAUGUGACUCUGGAGGAGGACGACGUGACGGAGGUUUACCUGGAGAGGCCGUACGUGGAGCUGCUGGGGGACACGGGCGACUCCUCCACCCUGCAGAGGAGCCUCUCUGCUCGGGUUCGCCGGAGGGAGAGGGAGAGAUCUCCAGAACAGUUUGGUACCAUGUUCCGCACUCUGCCCGCCAUGACACCCGGCUACCUCCAGCCGCCGCUUCCCGUCUCCAGCCACACCAUUCCGCCCAGACUGCCUCCGCCCGAGCUCACCCACAGAAAGGUGCUCAACGGCGCUCACCGACACGGGAGCACAGGGUCAAACCUCCAGGGGCAGACAGAGGGCGAUACAGACAGCCUCGUGGAGAGCCUGACCGACACCGACAGCGUUAAAGGUCUGGGAGAAACCACAGACUUCCUCAACAUGACGCAUGUGAUGAAGAUGGACCCCAGUGAUAAAACACUCACUCUGUCUCCAGUCCAGAAGAGGAAGGGUAAGCAUGGUAAGACCACUGCAGGACAGAAAGAGAACCUAACGAAGAAGAGAAACCUCUCGAAGCAGAGCAGUUUCUCUUCGACUCCCCCAUCUCGUAGGAGCGAGACUGUCUCUCCUUGCCAGGCGUUGCCCUCAGAGCUCUUGAGGAGCCGCAGUGCUUCACAGAGACAGAAGACAGCAAACCCGAAUAAAGAGAAUGUGAUGGGGGAGCUGGAGAGGAAACCCAGUAAAAACAAACCCCUGAAUGUAGGGGAUAAGGGGAAGGCAGCAUCUAAGCAGCGACCCAGGUCAGCGCAGGGUGAAAGCAAGAUGAUAGAGGUUGGCAGGAAGCAGGUUCCAGAGUCGAAACAAAGUCCAGUACCAAAAGAGACAGCUCCAGGUGUUGGCUCUGUGGCCAAAGGUAAACAAGCGCAGCCGAAACCUUUAACAAGCAAACCGAUAAUCGUGCAGAGUCAUCAAGCGGGAGUUGGUUUGCAGAGUAAACGCAGACUUAAGGACUCGUCUGGAUUUCACCUGAGUGACGCCAUGGAAGAGGAAAGCACGAAAAGCGUUCAACUGGUUUCCGGGACGAAAGGGCGCCCCAAAGCUAAAGAGGUCCCCGACUUGUCCAAAAAAUCUAAGAAUGAGAAAAACAAAAAAGAGGCUCAGUCAGAGUCGCCAGGUCUCGGUCUGCUCGCUGCGACCGCCUCACUCGCAGCCGGAGCAGUGUUAGCACAUGAGGUGGCGUCCAGAAGCCAGUUUAGCUCGCUGUCAUCAUCUGAGAGCAGCCAUGGUGUCCUGAAAGACAAUUCCAGGAAAUCAAGAAGUGAUCAAUCUGCCGAUUUGAGCCACAAAUCCGCGGUCAGCGUCAACAUUAUACCCGUGUCUGAGAGUCCUGAGGAGAGGACGAGUCAGGACGAGAAGGGGACGAGCCAGGAUGAAAGUAAGGAGGGGAGCGACGAGCAGACAAACUCUGCAACAGUCAAACAGGAGGAGGAGGGGGAUGAAGAUGAGAAGGGGCAGAGAACGAGUGCAGACAUAAGUGAAGAAGAGGAGGAAGAGAGCCAGAGUAUCGAGAAAGUCACAGCAGUUGAAGAAGAUGAAGAAGACAGUGACACUCUUCAACCCGAAGAUGAAUCGGAAACAAGCAGGGAUGAGGCGGAAGACGAGAGUGCUGCUGAGGAAGAGGAGGAGGAAGAGGCAGGAGGGAGUGAAAGUGAAGAUGAGACUGAAGAGAAAGACAGCAAAGGAGUUGAUGUAGAGGAUGAAGAGGAAGACGAGGAAGCCUCAAGUCAGGAGACAGAGAGCAGGGGAGGAGAGAGUGAAAACGAGGAGGAGGAAGGUGAAGCAGAAGAAGAGGGGGAUUUAGAAAGCGAGGUUGAAGAAGAAGAGGAGGAUGAAAGUGAAUCUUUAAAGUCAUCAGAAGACAGAGAAGAGAGUGAGGUAGAGAGUGCGAGUGAGGGAGAGAGUGCGAGUGAGGGAGAGAGUGAGGAUGAGGGAGAAGAGGAGGAGGAUGAGGGGGAAAAGGAGAGUAGUGCCGAGGAGGAAGAGGAGGAGAGUAGUGAGGAAGAAGAGAGCGAAAAUGAGGCAGAAAGUGACAAAGACAAUGACGAAGAGGAAGAUGGUGAUAGUGAGGAGGAAGAGGAAGAGAGUGCUGAGGAAGAGACGGAGGAGGAGGCAAAAGAGAGUGAGGAGGAGGAGGAGGAGGAGGAAGAAGAAGAAGAAGAGGAGGAGGAAGAGGAAGAGGAAAAAGAGAGUGAGGAGGAGGAGGAGGAGGAAGAAGAGGAAGAAGAAAAAGACAGUGAAGAGGAGGAGGAGGAAGAAGAAGAGGAGGGGGAAGAAAAAGAGGAUGAGGCUGAUAGUGAAGAGGAGGAGGAGGAGGAGGAGGAAGAGGUCAAAAAAGUCAAAAGUGCAAAAUCUACAAGUAAACCCAGGUCAGGGGGCAAAGGUGAUGCAGCGGGGGAGGAGGAGGAGUUUUGGGGCGAUGUUCUACCUCAGUACCUCAACCUGAAAUAACCCGGAGCUUUAAACUCAUCAUUUUAUUUUUAAUCAACCUGUCAAUUAUUUUUUCAAAUUAAUGUUCAUUAGAAAUGUACAAUAGAAAAUAUGAUCCAUCCUUCAUCUUAAGACCUGGCCCAGUGGAGAAAAUCUGUAGUUUUAAUCCCGAGUUAUUAUAAUACAGCCCUUAGUGUAAUAUAAGUGUUGUAAAGUUGUGUUUUAUCAAAUGGCAUUAGUAGUAUUUCAAGUAUUUCAGAAAACACAGAAAAGCUUGAUGAAGUCAGUAUCAAUCCAUCAAAGUACUACAAGGCUGCAGCCACUGACAAGUAUUUUCUUUAUUAAUUGAUAAAUUGGUUGAUGUUGAAUCUAUAAAAUGCCAGAAAUAAGUUAUUCCAUUAUUCCAAGAAAUUUGGAUUUUAGAAAUCUUCAAAAUUUUCUUGCUUUAAAUUUUUUUGCCAAUAAGCUUUCUAUCAAUUGCCUAAAAGUUGUAUCAUCUAGUAAUUUCAGCUCAAGUCCUGAAAUGGUUUGUUGGUGCCGGGGGAAGUGAAACUGACAUUCGUCAUUAGGGGCCCGAGAACACAUUUCUUCCCCAGGAAACUUCCAGAUAAUAAUAAAAAAAUGAAUCUGCUUUAGAGCUGGUGCAUGAGGCGUUUAGAGUUUGAGUCCGAGCGUCGCCACAUCCCUGGGCUUCCUGCUGCUGGUGUCACUUCUCACACACUGUGCCUUUCUUCUGACCUUUCUUUCUAUUAAAUCAUCUCAUUCAUUUCUUUAAAAAAAUGCAUUUCUAUCUCUGUCUUUGAAAGUGAUCAAAUGUGUCUUGUGAAUGCUUUGUUUACUUGUCUUUGGAAGCAUUUUGUUUUUGUCUGUUAUAUUUGAUUCAGUCCCUGAAGCGGUGAUUCUUCACACACGGUGCCUUAAUCUUUGGCUAAGAAAAAGAUUUUACACAUACACGCAAAACAA